CCCUAUCUAGUGCACUUCAAUCAGCGAUAGGCGCCAUUGGUAAUCCAGUCAGUGCAGUCGCUAUGGAAGGAGGACGCUUCAACCUGGAGUUUAACGUUCAUACAGUGUAAAACAGCUAAUACACGGAGUAAUUAAUAGAUGAUGGACUAUGUACGAGAAUCGUCCCUGUGCCUGGAUUCCCCUUCCAAACACAGCUACAUCGGAAGCUUUUACGCUCCUCCGGAUAAGAUGGGCACACGGCUGAUGGGACAACACCAGGACAAGUCCAGCAGCGACCCGAUGAGGACCAGCAGACACACACAUCACACAGCGCCUGACCCUGGGAGCAGAGUGAUAGCAGCACUGAAGACUCUGCAGGAGAAGAUGAGGCGCCUGGAGUUGGAGCGUCAGCAGGCGGAGAAGAAUGUAGAGAGGUUUGCUCAGGCCACGCGCCAGUUUGGCAGCUCUGGAAACCAAAGCAGUCAGCAGCAGCUACAGGACAGAGAGGGAGAGUCUUCAAAGAGAAAAGAGCUGGUGUCACAGUUGCACUCGGCAGAAGCUCGAUGCACCCUUCUGGAAAAACAACUGGAAUACAUGAGGAAGAUGGUGGAGAGAGCACAAAGCGUGAAAACGCCUCCAGUGGACAGAGAUGAGCGGGUGCAGCAGAAGAAGAGCAAACACACUGAGCCACAGAUCCAGGCUCAGUUACAAAAACUGGAGGAAGAGUGUAUCAAGCUUACUAACACACAGUCUGAAGCAGAGAGGAAGAUCAAGCUCUUGGAACGGAAGUUACUCGAAGAGGAACAUGAGCGCAAACUUGUACAGGAGAAAGCCGAGGAGUUACAGAGAGAGCUGGAGGCAAACCUAUUUUUGGCUGCUGAAGUGAAAACCAAGAAAAAGAAGAAAAACAAAGAGAAGGCCUCAACUAAGAAACCUGUUAAUGAUGCUCCUCGGUGUGUCUCCAAGGUCAAGCAAAUGCCGUUCGUCGCUGGAACUUCAACAAGCCCCAGUCACUCGGUUAACGCCAACGUUCAGACAGUGCUGCAUCUGCUGAAGACCAGGCAGCCUCGGCUGUGUGAGAGGAUGCAGUCUCUGCCUGGGUCUGAACCUAAAAAGCGCACUGGCUUGCACCGAGCCCCGGAAUCGCCCGAUGAUGCUGCUGCAGCCCUGGGCAGCCUUUCUGAUCUGCUUCUGGCUCUACAGGAUGAACUGGGCCACAUGAGCUUUGAACAUCAGGAGCUGGUUAGGCAGAUAGACGAGACUGAGAAACGUGAGCUCAGGGAGGAUCUGGAGAGAGAGCUGGACUGCUUAGUCAGGAGGAUGGAGGAGAAGGCGGGGCAAAUCACCAAACUACGCAAGCACCAGCAAACCGUCCAAAAGCUCUCCUGGUGCAGCCCGAAGACACCCCGGAAGCCCAGGCGCGCAGCAAGCGCUGACAGCCGGUGUUUAACCAGAGUCCAGGUAGUGCCCUCUUCUGUAGAAAAAGCCUCGCCCUCCAGACCACAAAGACACCAAACACUCCAGGUUCUCAGAGACGCCCAGAAAAUACAGUCGAGUCUCAGAAAACAGGACAUUACCUGGGAAACAUAGCUCUUUAACAUUCCACUCAAUUUUGAACCAGCGGAUAGGAAGUCAAGGAGAGUGCUGGAAUGAAAUGUAAAGUAAUAAUCGCUUUAAGGAUGUAUAGUGUGUGUGUGUUUGUUGUUUGUUAUGGACGAUUUAUAAUGGUUGACUUGUAGAUUUUUAACCCAUGUUUUUUGUCAGUUUUCUUGUUAUUUUUAAUUGUCAUGCUUUUUUUAUAUAUAUUUGUAUAUUUGCACUGUAUAAAUACAUGAAUAUUUUAAUAAAACAUCGCCAUGGU